AUUAGUGGACUGCCAUGUCUGUCACUGAACACUUAGUCGGCAAUCCUAUCUGUCUUUAUCUGGGUCGAACGCCGCCCAGGAUAGUCAGACAGAUAGGAUUGCCGACUAAGGUGUUCGGUGGGCAUUGCACCACAACAAUCCGUGUGUCCACAGACAGGGACCUGGCCCGCAUGGAGCUGCGCAUGAAGGCGUUCCUCUCGUACUGGUGCGCGGGCUGGGCGGGCCGCGCGGGCGAGCCGGCCGCGCCGCACGACCUGCUCGCCUACCUCGCCGAGGCGGACGUGUUCCUGUACUGCGGUCACGGGGACGGGCUGUCGCGCGGGUGCGGUUCGGGGCCGGGGGCGGGGGCCGGGGGCGGGGGCGGGGGCGGGGGCGGGGGCGCGGUGUGCGUGCUGGCGGGCUGCGGCUCGGCGCGGCUGGCCGGCGGGGCGGGCCGCGCGCCGCCCGCCGCCGCGCACCACGCGCUGCACGCGGCGCGCUGCCCCAUGGUGGUGGGGAUGCUGUGGGAGGUGACGGACCUGGAGGUGGACAAGCUGGUGACAAGUCUCCUCGCGCUGGCGCUGCCCAGCUCCGCGCCGGCUGACUGGCGCCUCGUGGGCAAGGCUGCUUGGAGCCAGGGGCAGCUAGACACAAACGUGGAACAGAAAUCGCAAAUAACUUCAGAGAGGGACUUGCUCCGUGCUAUAUCGAAAUCCAGAAAUGCUACCAAUUUCCUUAUGAUAUCCACCAGUAUUGUAGCAAGAGGCUUGCCAGUUCGAAUCUCCGGUUGAAUUCAAUUUAGCGUUUCAUCGAAAUAUAUACAGCUGUUGUGAAGUU